GGAGGCUUUCUCAACCAGAGCACUGGUUACAUUGGACACACAUCUGGACAUGGACGCCUGGCUGAUUCCGAUGGUAUCGCCCAUGGAUGUUUGAAAAGAACCUGAUGUAUAGAAGCCCAAAGCAGCCAGAAUCUGGACCUCGGGACUGAUGGCUCUGGACCUCUGUGUGGGUCUACACAGGCACUGCAACACAACAUACAACUCCACCAAAUACAGGAUAAAGUGUCUGGGGAAGCCAAAUUGUGCGAGGAGGAAUUCGUCAGACACCGAGUCCAGAUUGAAGCGGUCCAGGGUCUUGUGGCCCCGACCAUGCAACAGCUCGUGUCAACAUGGAUAGUGACCUGAGCCUCCAGGAUAAAAAGGACUUGGACAAGUUCAUCAAGUUCUUUGCCUUGAAGACCGUUCAGGUGAUAGUCCAGGCUCGCCUUGGUGAGAAGAUCUGCACUCGCUCUUCGUCAUCCCCUACUGGUUCUGAUUGGUUUAACUUAGCAAUCAAAGACAUCCCAGAGGUGACUCAUGAAGCCAAGAAAGCACUGGCAGGUCAACUCCCAGGAGUGGGACACUCAAUGUGCGUGGAGAUCUCCCUCAAGACCUCAGAGGGGGACUCGAUGGAAUUAGAGACUUGGUGCCUGGAGAUGAAUGAAAAGUGUGAUAAAGACAUAAAAGUGUCAUACACCGUCUACAACCGACUGUCUGUCCUUCUGAAGUCUCUGCUGGCCAUCACCAGAGUAACACCUGCCUAUAAACUUUCCAGAAAACAGGGACAUGACUAUGUCAUAUUAUACAGGAUCUACUUCGGGGAAGUUCAGAUGAGCGGAUUUGGAGAAGGUUUCCAGACGGUGCGUGUUGGUGUUGUGGGCACCCCUGUUGGUACCAUCACACUUUCCUGUGCUUAUCGCACCAACCUGGCUUUUAUGUCCAACAGGCAGUUUGAGCGAUCCGCCCCUAUCAUGGGGAUCAUUGUGGACCACUUUGUGGAUCCUCCUUGUGGUGGCCAGCGAGCUGCAAACAUGGGUCAGCCCUGCAACUACAGACCACCGGACGAUGAUGAUGAUGGAGUCCAGUUCUCCGGCGUCCAGGAUUCGCAGGAGGUCUGCACGACUUCCUUCUCCACUUCUCCUCCCUCUCAGUGUGUCUGUACACUGAGUCCUUCUCCUUCCAAGCUGUCUAAAGCCCUCCCUCUGGACAGUCCACAGAUCCCAUUGGUUCCUGGACUUGUCACUCACACUCUGUACGCCUCCAGGUUGUGCUACCAGCCUCCUGGAACUCCUGAUCUUUGUCGCACUGCUGCCAAUCCAAACCAGACAUUGCAUGCCGGGAAGGAGGAUGGGGUGGUGUUGCAUCCAGCAAAGCCUCACCGUGGUGCGGAUGCCCACCUGACGGUAGAGACGAUCGGCAACACGACUGGGAGCAGCGGCGACGACGACAUCUUGUCCCAUACCGGCGAGGGAAGGAGGAGCGCUUCUCCCGCCGACCCGCUCCAGUCUCUUAACGCGUUCACAAGGAAAGUGGGAGCGUUUGUCAAUAAACCCAACGCACAGCUAACCGCCGCCAUGGACUUGCCGUUCGCCGCGUUUGCUCCCAGAGGUUUGGACUCUGAGGACAACGACCCGAUGGUGCACCCUCCAGACUCUCCCACCUGCAUGUCGCCCCUGCAGGCCAGUCUCCACUCGCAGGACUCCGAGGGCUCGGCGCAGCACGACGACUUCGUCAUGGUGGACUUUCGGCCGGCGUUCUCCAAGGACGACUUGUUGCCCAUGGACCUGGGAACUUUCUACCGGGAGUUCCAAAACCCUCCUCAGCUGGCCAGCCUCUCGCUGCACAUCAGUUCUCAGUCCAUGGCCGACGACCUGGUAGGUUUCUCACCGACGUCCUGCUGGACCCAACAUGAAGUUGUUGUUGUUUUCUCCACGCAGGACUCGCUGCCAGAGAAACUGGCCAUCUACGAGAAAAACAUCGAUGAGUUUGACGCUUUUGUGGAUAUGCUGCAGUAGAAGACGUUGGAGUCGGAAACAUUCGACAGACUUGUACGCACUCGUAGGAAAUGAACGUCAGUAACUGGCAAAGAAUGAUGUCGAGUGCGACGGUUAGUGACUGUAAAUAAUAGCAACACUGGUCCUGCUUCAAGUAUUCACUUUUAAACACUCAAAGCCAUUUCAACAUGAAGAGUCUGCUGGCAUGAACAAAAAAAAGUUGCACACAUGCAUUAUAUGCGGAGUCUAAAGUAAAAACACAACUAGUUCUCAGCUGGUCUGAGGAUAUCGCUUGCAAACAGCCCAAGACUUAUUUGAAGUGUAUAAAAAAGUCUUGUAAAUACACAGCCGCCCUAAAGGAAGCGUGUAGGCCGCGUUCCCCCUCAGUCCCACGCUUGUACACACAAAAACUGCUGUUUGUCGAGUCGUACGUCAAUAUUUUUACACUUCACAUAGCUGCCAAACAUUCAAUCAUUUGUAGGACUUUAAAACCAUUAAAUGUCAGUUCAUGUGAAGCUUGUCAUUAUUUAUUACAAAAGACACAAGGGUAGUUAUUUUCCAUAUAAUAUAUUAUUAGGGGGCGGGGGGAUUUGUCACCUUUGUGUCAAAAAAGCAGCAUUGACUUCCAUUAAAAAUACUUUGUUUCAUUCAAAAAGCAUGUAUCUUGUAUUUCUGUUUGAAUUAAAGAAGUGAUUUUUUAUUUUUAUUUUUUAACUAACAGAUUCAACCCUUUCUGAUUAUUCAUAACGCAUACUGUGUUCAUACUUGCCAACCCUCCCGAUUUUUCCAGGGAGACUCCCGAAUUUCAGUGCCCCUCCCGAAAAUCUCCCGGGGCAACCAUUCUCCCGAAUUUCUCCCGAUUUUCACAAUAUUAAGGGCGUGCCGUGACGGCACUGCCUUUAUUGUCCGCUUUUUCACCAUACAAACAGCGUACCUGCCCAGUCACAUGUUACAUGCGGCUUCUGCAUACACACGAAAGUGACUGCUAGACAUACUUGAUCAAGAGCCAUACAGGUCACACUGAGGGUGGCCGUAUAAACAACUUUAUCACUGUUACAAAUAUGCGCCACACUGAACCCACGCCAAACAAGAAUGACAAACACAUCCGAGAACAUCCGCACCGUAACACAACAGAACAAAUACCCAGAAUCCCUUGCAUCCCUAACUCUUCCGGGCUACAAUAUACACCCCCGCUACCACCAACCCCCCAAAAAAACUCCCAAAUGCGAAGGUCUCAAGGUUGGCAAGUAUGUCUGUGUUUUAUUGUAUUUCUACCCUUCUUGAGACAAGGAAAAGUAGCUUCCAUAUGAGGACAAGUUAAGACAUAAAUCAUGGUCCCAAUACAGAAAAGCAUUGCCUCUAAUAGAGAAUGUCUCAUUUGCACCCAUGGUGGUGAAAUCUAUCAAAAUUAGGGCGGUCCCAAAAAGGAGGGACUUUUCAAAUUGACUGUCGCUUUUUAAAAGUGCUCCCCCUCUGGCCAACAUGUGAAAUAACAAGUGUGUAAGAAAUUGAAAUGCACCCCCUUUGGCCAAAAGUAAUAAAUAUUUUUAUAGAGACAUACUUUAAUAACUUGAAGUAAAUGAAGAUUAAAAAACAAUUAUAAAAAAAAACAAGAACUAAAAGCUUACCUUUUUUAUAUUUGCAUCGUAAUUACAGUAUUUUUCAUAGUUUAAAUCGCUCCGGAGUAUAAAUCGCAUUGGCCGAAAAUGCAUAAUAAAGAAGGAAAAAAACAUAAGUCGCAUUUUUGGGGGAAAUUCAUUUUAAUAAAACCCAACACCAAGAAUAGACAUUUGAAAGGCAAUUUAAAAUAAAUAAAGAAUAGUGAACAGGCUGAAUAACUGUACGUUAUGAGGCAUAAAUAACCAACUGAGAACGUGCCUGGUAUGUUAACGUAACAUUUUAUGGUAAGAGUCAUUCAAAUAACUAUAACAUAUAGAACAUGCUAUACGUUUACCAAACAAUCUGUCACUCCUAAUCGCUAAAUCCCAUGAAAUCUUAUACGUCUAGUCUCUUACGUGAAUGAGAUAAAUAAUAUUUGACAUUUUACGGUAAUGUGUUAAAAAUUUCACACAUAAGUCGCUCCUGAGUACAAGUCGCACCCCCGGCCAAACUAUGAAAAAAAACUGUGACUUAUAGUCAGAAAAAUACGGUACUAAAUAUUUUUAUAGAGACAUCAUUUACUUCAAGUUAUUAAAGUAAGAUUAAAAACCAAUUAUAAAAAAAAUACAACUAAAAGCUUACCUUUUUUAUAUUUGCAUAGUAUGUAUAUAUUAUUAAUGUUGUAAAUACAAAUCUUUAUAUAUCUAGAAAGGGUGGUCCUAAAGAGGUAGGCCUUUUUCUCAGGUGUCAAGAAGGCAACAAAUACAAGAAUGUGUGUGAGAGAGAGAGAGACCAUGCACUUAUUGAAGGGGUCAAUGUAAGUUCAUCUUCAGCGAUUCAAGUAAAGUCGUAUUCUUCUUGCACACAGACUUAAACAAGUUGAAAAACUUAUUCGGGUGUUACCAUUUAAUGGUCAAUUGUACGGAAUAU